UGCCGCGAGACAGGUGGUGGGAUUCUACACCUCCGUCCUCUAGCGCUCCCUCGUAGAAUAAGAUUUGAAAAAAACAUUUAUUUAUUUAUUUAUCGACUGUCAGCAGCGGGGAAGGGUCGGUUGGCGCGAGCGCGUGCCCGAUGGACUCCCAGCGUGUGACCUCCGCGAGCACCGGGUGGACCGCGGCAGAGGGGGGGGCAGCCGCCGGAACGCACGGGGAGAGCCCCGCCGACCCAGAUGUUUUCCAGCGAACCGCUCGAGCUGCGCGCGGGAGCGUCUCUGCGCACGGAGGAAUGACAUGCACGCGUGACAAAAAGUUGACGCGAUUCGCGGUGGGAUUUUUCCUCUGAGCUGUGGCAGGAUCGUUCCCGAGCGUGCCCCGGUGCGGGAAGUUCCCCUGGCGGAGUGAAGGGGGGGGUGGAUCCAUUAUGGCUUCGGGCGCCGGUAAGGCUGCCGCUCAGCCCCCCGGGCCGGGCUCCGCCGUCAACGGGACUGCGGCAGAGUUCGCCAACAUCGAGAAGGAGCUGUACGACUACCAGAUGCACAGCAAGAUGUGCAAGAAGAUCGCGCAGCUCACCAAGGUGAUUUAUUCUCUGAACAUGAAGAACGAGGAGCAGGAGGCGGCCCUGCAGGCCUUGAGCCAGGCCCACCACGAGGAGCUGCACCGCAUCCUGAUGGAGACGUGUCACGAGGGGGAGGGGUCGGGGCUGAGGACACGCCUGCUUGGACUGCAGGACUCUCUGGAUGAGCAGCAGAGAGCUGGAGCUCAGGUGCAAGCAGAUUUCGAGUGCUUCCGCAUCAAGGCCGAGGAGAGGGAGCGUGAGACGGAGGUGGAGCUGAGGAAAAAGUUUGAGGAACGGCUCCAGGCUGCGGAGGAAGAGCUCCAGGAGGCCAAGGCCAAGAUCGGUGCUGCCCAGGAGGAGAGUCUGAGGCUGAGCAAAGAGCUUCACAAGGCAGAGGAGCAAAUCCAGGAGCUGGAUGCCCAAUGCGAGGUGCUGCACAAAGCCGCUGACGAGGAAGAGAAAAGGAGAGAGGAGGAGAGACAAAGAGAGGAUGAACAGAAAAAGAAAGAGGAGGAGGUGAAGCAAACAGAGGACCGUGAGGACUUGGAGAGGGUGAAGGCGCUCCUGGAGGAGGUGAAGACGCUGAGGGAGGAGGGCGCUCGAGCGGAGGAGAGCAGGAGGCGUGCGGUGAAGGAGGAACAGGAGCGAUGCGAGCAAAAGAUGAACGAUCUCACUGAGGAGAAGGAGGACCUGAGGAAGAAGAUGGACGCCGAGUGGAGGGAGGAACGGCGGAGGUGGGAGGAGAGGGAGGAGGAGGAGAAGAAAGGCAUGCACAGUGCACUGAGAGAACGCGUGAAGAGGGCGGAGGCAGAGGCGGAGGGUCACCUGGAGAGGCUGUCCGAGAGCAAGAGGAGCACGGUGAAGCUGCAAGAGCGGAUACAGGACCUCGAGGAGGAGCUGGAGCUGGAUCGGAAGCGCGUGUCCGAGGCGGAGGGCGUGGCUAAGCGGGCGGAUGAGGAGCUCGCGGUCGCCAAGGAGAGGCUGCUGCUGCAGGAGGACGAGCUGCAGAGCCGAGCAGAGGAGCUGCUGAACCGCGGACGCUGCCAGGUGUGUGUGUGCCUCGAGGUGGAGGAGCUGAGGAGUCAGGUGAACCGUCUGCAGAGCAGGAACCGAGAGCUGGAGCUGCACAGCAGCGGCAGGAACAGUGACCACGCCCGGCAGAUACGACAGCACGCGGAGGCCCUGUCCAGUUUGCGUUCAGAGAUGGUGAGAGCCCAGACAGAGGAGCUGCGUCGCAUCCAAAAGCAUGCAGACGACGAGAGGGACAAACUGCAGAAGGAGAUAGACAAAGAAAGAGAGAACCUGCAGAAGGAGAGGGAGCGGGAGAAGGACCAGCUGGAGAAGGAUAGAAACCGGAUGCGCAGGGAGAGGGAGGAGGAGAAGGAAUGGCUGCACAAACAAGGGGAAGAUGUCAAAGAGCGUCUGCGUCAGGAGAAGGAGGAAGAGGUGGACCGACAGCGCAAAGAACUGGAGGUGGAGAGGGUCCGCGUCCGGUCCCAGCUGGACAAGAGCAUAGAGCAGGUCGAGGCGGAGAAGGCCAAUGUGCAGCAGAGGCUGGAGGAGGAGAAGAGGAGGUUGGUGGAGAAGGCGGAGGAGGACAGGAGGAGGCUGAAGGAGCAGGUGCGGAAGGCGAUAGAGGAGGUGAUGAGGAGACACGCGGCCGAACUGCACAGCGUCCAGGAAGCUCUGAGCUCGGAGAAGAAGACGAAUCAAGAGGUGUGUGCACGUUCGGAAGAGGAGAGGAGACGCGCUGAAGAGCUCCGCAGCGGACUGGAGAAGGAACGAGAGGAGCUGAGGACGAAACUAAAAGAUUCUACCGAUGAGAUCAGUCGGCUGGAGUCAGGGAUCCAAAAGCAAGAGAAGAAUGAAAGAGUGGCGCCUGAAGCCGCCGCCUCAUGCGGACCACACUGCUCCCGUCAGGAGGAAGAGCUCCAGCAGACUCGGAGUCGACUCGCCCGGGUUCAGGAGGAGGCUGAGAGGCAGCGGGAUCGGCAGCAGCGGGAGGUCGCGUCCCUGCGGGCUGACAAACACCGGCUGGAGGAGAAGGUCCUAGAGCAGAGCCGACUGAACACGGAGAGGAGCCUCCUCGAUCCGGGCCAGCGGCACACUGAGGACCGGAUCAGGGCCGAGUGCGAGGACCGCCUCAGAGCGGAGUUCAGGAUCGAGAUGAACGCUGCCGUGGCCGAGAGCGAACAGAGGUGGCACAACCGGGAGCAGGAGCUGCAGACCCAGGUGACGGAGCUGCAGAGUCAGCUGACCGAGCUGGAGAAACAAAGGGCGGGCCAGGGAGACGAUUGCCACGGCCCCCCUGAGAUUGACAGGCUGAGGAAAGAGGUCCAGGACACCAAGGAGAUCAACAAGAAGCUGAGGGAUCUGCUGCAGGAGCCGCAAGCCCAGUCGCUCACCGAGGAGAGACAGAGUCACGCCGCGGUUCUGCAGACGCUGGAGAGACAGGCGAAAGAAGAUCUGCUGUCUGAGAGGAACAGACUACAGACAAUGCACCACCUGGAGCUAGAUAAGCAGCGUGCAGAGUUGACCCAGCAGCACACCGAGUGGAGCAGGCAGAUGACCCAGAGGCACAUGCAGCAGAUAGAGGACCUCCAGGCUCAGCUACAGGCACACACACAGAUGAUGGCACUGCAACAGGAUUUGAAGCAGCAGAAUCAGUAUCAGGUGUUUGAGCGACAGCUGGACGAGAGUCGCUGCAGCGUGCUGGAGCUUCAGAGAGAGAAUGCAACGCUCAAGAAGCAAUUAAAGGAGAGAUCAGCGCAGAAGAAUCCUGAAGUCAAGGAGAAAGAAGAGGAGACCCCAGAGUUGAGGAAGAAGAGAGACGCCCAGCUCGAGGAAGAAGCACAACGUCUGAAGGAGGAGGUGGAGAAGCUGCGGGUGGAGAUGGAGAAACUGGAGGAGUCGCAGAAACUCUGGGAGGAGCGGAAAGAGGAGGACGGGAAGGAAGAGGAGCCGGACGAGGAGAGGACGAAGGAGCGGGACGAGGAGAAGAGGCGGGAGGAGGUGGAGGAGAUCCGGAGAGAGCACAAGAGGGAGAUGCAGAGCCUGGUGUCCGAGUACAGCAGCGCCCAGACGCACCUGCAGGCUCGAAUAGUGGCCUUGGAGAACGAGCUGCGUGAGCGGGAGGAGCGCUGCAAGAGGAGGGAGCCGCGGUGCGACGACCUGCAGUUGGGGAGGCUCCAGGAGAGACUGACGGAGAGAGAGCAGCUCAUCAAACGACUGGUGGAAGAGAGGCAUCAGCUGCAGCUCCACCCUCCCGCAGCCGGGGACAGCAGCACCCUCAGGCUCCGUGACAGCAAGUCCCGCCCCGGGAGCGUCACGCCAACCAUGAGGAGGAAACGCGUGGAGUCUCCGCCUCGCGUCACCAGCAUCCCCAGCGCCGGCCCCUACGACAGGAGCAUCCUCCUCCCGCAGUCCUCCUCCUCGUCUUCCUCCUCCUCCUCCGUCCAUCAGCACUCGUCCUCCACCCUCCCCCACCAGUCCACCUCCCACCCUCAGACCACCCCCCACUACUCCUCCUCCUCCCUACCGCACAAGCACACCUCGCUCUCCCUCGGCCAGCAGGCCUCCCCCUCCCUGCCCCGCUCCACCAGGUCCCGGACGUCCUGCAUCCCUCCGACCCCGGCGCCCACCGCCCCGCUCCCCGUCUGCCCGUCAGCGCAGACGGGGAUCCGCUACGUGUCCCCCUCCUGCCAGGAGCCCCACGCACACCUGCAGGCCCAGUCAAUCAGGGGCCCGUACCUGGAGCCGAGGGGGACAGACGGGCUGAAGCAGGAGUGGUUCACCAAAUACUUCUCCUUUUGAGCACAAAGCACACACACACACACACACACACACACAAAACAGACACAUACACAGCAGCUGCAAGUACAUCUCAUAGACAGUUCAUUGCUUCUUAUCGAAUCCGUUUGCUUUCCACAUACACACAACCUUGAAAACACACUCACACAUCACCACACACAGACAUGACAACAUUAACAUAUGGGCUCAUCACCAGCAAGGCCAUCUCUAACAUUGCCUCAAAGCUCAACCAAAAAGUGCUUCUCAAACACAUGCCUGACCUCUUCUCAGAACAUUGGCCUGCCGGAUCUUGUUUGUAUAGUUUGGAAUGUCUUCAUGUGUGUGUGUGUGUGUGUGUUGUGUUUUUUUUAAAGCAGUCUUCCUUUUUUUAAUGCAACUGUUGCUCUGAUCUCAUCACACGGUUAUUCCAGGCAAGUGUACAUUUCUAAAAAAUCUUCAACCAAGGGUGUCUUUCAGCCAAGAUUCCUCGUCAAGACGGACACACACACACACACACACACACGACUCACCCUACCAAAAUGACGCUUGUCUCAAUGCAAAAAUGUAUAAUAAUCUUAAUGAACAAAUUAAAUAAAAUAUUUUGUUUUUG